GUGAAGUUGACCGAAGUAGGGCAAUCCUGUUUCGCCAUUUUAAUUUUUACUUUUCAGUGAAAGGAGAUUUUAUAUUUGUCAGGCUGGAGGUCGAAGAAUAUUUCGAAAAAAGUGUGUCCUUAAAAUUUAUUAUCAGUAGUCGAAAGUAUUAUUUGUGAGUUUUAGUACUAUAGUGUGGUUUUAUUUAUUACUAACGUUUAUGUAGUGCUAUUCCAUCGUAAUAUCGCUCGUUGGUGUGUGGCUUAGCUAAUUCGAUGGCUAUGAUAUUGAAUAAUUAACGUGACGAGUCGCCGUGACGUUGUCUGCGAGGGCUAGAGAGGAAGGCGAAGCGGUGCGGUCAGAGAUGAGCAAGCCCCAGAGCGGUCGGAUCCAGGUCCCGGAUGACCUCAGAGAGAUUCUCCUGGAGUUCACUAUAAGCUACUUGCUGGAGCAGCCCGGCGACGUCAUAAACUAUGCCGUGGAGUUCUUCACGAGGUUACAACAGAACAGAACCACAACCGUAGUGCGGGGUCCGUCGGCGGGGACUCCGGACGAGUCGAUUAUAUCAGACGAAGAAGAGCCGCCGGUGGCGCGGUUCAACAAUCGGCGUAAGUCUGUCUUCGCGGAGACUUACGACCCAGAGGAGGAUGACUCGGACGAGGGUGCGCCGGUCGUGUUCCCCAAGUCGGACGCCCAACGCGCCCGCUUAGCGGAGGCGGUUCGCGGGAUACUGCUCUUCCGCUCGCUCGACGCGCAGCAGAUGCAACAGGUGCUGGACGCCAUGUUUGAGAAGCGCGCCGAGCCCGAGGAGUACGUGAUCCGGCAGGGCGACGACGGCGACAACUUUUACGUCAUCGAGAACGGCGUGUUCGACGUGCUCGUCACCGGCGAUGACGGCGUCGAGAAGGUGGUCCACACAUACAACGGUUCCGGUUCGUUCGGCGAGCUGGCGCUGAUGUACAACAUGCCUCGCGCCGCGUCCGUCCGCGCCCAGUCGCCCGGCGCGCUGUGGGCCAUGGACCGUCACACCUUCCGCCGCAUCCUCCUCAAGAGCGCCUUCAAGAAGCGCAAGCUGUACGAGGAGCUGCUGGACAAGGUGCCGAUGCUGAAGGCCCUGCAGGCGUACGAGCGCGCGAACCUCGCGGACGCACUGCUGCCGCGCACGCUGGCCGACGGCGAGCUGAUCAUCCGGCAGGGGGACACCGCCGACGGCAUGUACUUCGUCGAGGACGGCUCCGUCUCCAUACAGCUGGCGAGGGAUGACGGCAACGAGCACGAGAUUAAGCGCCUCGGCAAGGGUGGGUACUUCGGUGAGCUGGCUCUGGUGACCCACAAGCCGCGCGCCGCCUCCGCCUAUGCUGUUGGACCCACUAAGGUGGCAUUCUUGGACGUGGAGACGUUCGAGCGUCUGCUGGGGCCGUGCAUGGAGAUUAUGAAGCGCAACAUCGACGACUACGAGGAACAGCUCGUAAAGCUGUUCGGCGACAAGAGCAACCUCACGGACGUGCGAUGAGCGCGCUCCCCCGCGCACCCGACUGCCGUCUCACACCCAACUCGCCUGGCCCCAUAACCUCGUAAUUUACGGACUACCCCCAAAUUUGUAAUUCACAAUUUAAUAUUAAAUUGUUUGUAACUUCAAAUUAUGAUCUGUCUAUAAAUAAACCAAAUUAAAAUGUUCAUAAUUUGAUUAAAUUUCGGUUAAAAUGUUAUGAACACUUCCAAACCUUAAAUGAGUCAAAUUCGCGUUAUAUUGGGUAGAUUUGUUUGUGAGACUGCAUAAAAUGUAUUUAGUUCCAUCGAUUCCUUUUCUGUGUACCUCAAGGUUCUUUAUAUUUAUUUGAAGAAUGUCUCUUUGAAAAUAUUUUUUGCCUAGAACUUAAGUCUUUCUAAAUUGAUAUAUUCGCACUAAAGCUAUCACUUCUAAUGUGGACCUUACCAUUAUAUAGAUCUUACCCUAAACCGAUAAAUAAUAAUCUGCAUACAAAAAAUAUGUUAAAAAGUUCCAUCUUGUUUUGUUACAGGCUAGGUCACUUUAGAAGUGAUGGCUAGAUAUAAUGGACAUAGAAUAAGAUUCUAAAUUUCCUAAGCGAAAUUAACUAAAUACAUAUGAGAAUUUUUCUUCCGGGCAAAAGAGAAAUUUACACGUACAAUAUGCCAACAAUAAUGUAUUUAAAAAAAUGUGGACAUUAAAUUAUUUUACAUAUUUUUAGAUUAUUCCGUUACCGUAAAAUAGAUGAAAAUAUAUUUAUUUUCAAAUAUUAUUUAACGUGUAGGUGCCAUAUUAUACAAAGUACAUCCUAUAUUUUUGUCUACAUGCUAUUUCUUACAAUAUCGUACCUAACGUGAAAAUUUCUUAUUCCUACUUAAAAAUUCCUAGUUUGAUUUGAAUUUUCUUGGUGUGUGUCGUAUAUUGUAGUUGUUUUCUCUUUGUAGCUAAAUUCAAAGAUUAAGUGCCAUUUUUUAUGAUUACGUCGUGGAUCGGAACGGACAAGAGACGGUGCAGGAUAAUAUUGCAUUGUUAUAAAAAUACGCUUAUAUUAGAUAGAUAAAAUGCCUUAGUAGACAUAAUUUUAAAUGCACUUAUGAUCUGUCAUUGGAAAGCAACCACAGACAAGAUUUUAAUUUUUGAAAUUCGAACACUUUGGCGCCUAGCGUCAACCAGCCAGUAUUAUGUUUCAAUUCCACAUUCCAAAUUUGAAUAAAUAGGUACUUCAUUUUUUACACUUGGUUGCUUAACAAUGACUGCAAAUGGGAACACCUAGAUAAACUAUAUUGAAAGGCAUUUAGUCGUUAAAUUAUUAUCAUUAAAUAUGUCUUUUAGUGGAAUGACGAUGCAAUUUUAUCUGGCACUCGUCUACAUUUCCAGCUGUCGCCAAUUUAUUUAUUAAGACAUUUAUUUGACCAGGCGUCUAUGGCAUACCUUGUGGGUAAUUAAUUUUAUUCGGUGAUUAGAUUAAAUCUCUUCACGUGGUAAUUUAUUUGUUACGGUUAGUGGAUUAAAUUAAUGUAUCUGUGUAUAUUGAGAAUGUAUUAUGGACAUACUAUAUGUGGAACAUCUUGCACUUUGAUGCAAAUUAAAUCAUUGUUUAAAAACAAAUGUAUUUAUUUGCAGAGUAUUUUUUAAAUGUUGUAAGUUACAAAUAUAUGGGAAUUUGUGUUAGUUUAGUUCCUAUAUUUCAGUUUGCAACACUAGAUCUGAGGUGUAAUGAAAUGAGACACUGAGAUUUAUGAAAGAAAAAAAGCUUUCCUUCGAAUCCGGGCUUGGAUCAUUCGGAGCCCCAUUAAUGAGAAAUUUGCACUCCAACUCGAUUCCCUCAGGUAAAUUGCACCAGUAUUAAUUUGUGUUAAAUCCUUGAUUUGUGAAAGCCAAAGUAGUUGAGUACAUUGAAAUCAUGUAGCACUAUAUUUAAGGCUAUAUUUACUAUGUAGUAGUUAGUUUUUGUCACUUCUUAUUGUAAUUUAAAUAUAUGUAGAUUAGGUAAUUGGAUGGAGUGUAGCUGUCCUGAGGUGUGGCCUCUCACGCUGUGUACGAAUGUACACUACUAAUUGUUUACGUUGCCAUACAAUAUUUUUGAGUUGAACCGUACCUCGUCUGAUUUGCUGUUUGAUUUUAUUUAUGAUUUGACUCACCAAACAUAGAAAACAUAAAUCUAAAAUAAAAGUUCUUUAAAAAAUAUGUUCUAGAAUUAUUCUUUAAUGUGACUGGUGCUGCUCAACUCAAGUUGUUAAUGAAAUACAGAAGAUGUUUUUGUUUUUUACCGCUUCACGAUAUAUUUUGACCUUGUUAUCUUUUACAUUCCCUAGUUGAUGGUAUGUUAAUAUGAUUAUUUUUGUUAUACAAAUAGUUUUGUUUUAAUUUAUUUAAAUGACAUUUAUUUUUGUUGCUGUAAUUGUAUCUCUCAUUCCGAGUGCCUAAGAACAAACUAUUCCUACAACCGUUCUCAUGUUUUUGACUCACUCGUGCUGCCUUCAUUGGAAUUUUGUGUGGGCUAUGACUCGUGUGGUGUAUUGAUGUAGAGUAUAUUCCCUAAUAUUAUUUGAGUACCAAGUCGAACUUGGCAUUAAAUUAUUUAAGCGAUUAGCACAAAUUUAAUUUUUACGAUCCAUAUGAAAAUGUCCAUAACCCGGUGCGGCUGAGAUGAAAUUAUUUGAUAUACAUCUAAAUAUACAAGUGUACCUAUAAUCCAUGCGUCCAAUGAAUAUUUUUAUUGAAGAUUAUAUAUUAUUUAACGUUUCUACGAUGACAUUGUUUUAUGUACACUCUGUGUGUCCCCGUGUACCUCCCGUAGUGGUAAUAUUGUGCAAUAAAUAACUGUCAUUGUUGUCAUAUAUUAAAUUCUUUCGGUGUAAGCUAUAAUAUAGAUUUUAUUAAAAUAGAUAAGACAUGUCUAUGUAAAUUGAUGUUUAAUAGGGUUGCCAGAUGAGGACAUCGGGAUAUUCGCUGGUUGAAUAUUUUGAGUUCAAAUAUCAGGUAUAUUAUGGCUGAUAAUUUAUUAAAACACUUUGAACUCCAAAGUAAUAUUUAUAAAAGCACAAUGGGUCAAAAAUGUUUGGUGGUAUCACAUAUUCUUCCAACAUCUGGUAACCCUACAUAAUGGAAUCCUAAUAUACAAGGCUAUCCCUAAUGUUAAUUAGCAAAAUUUUCAAUUACGGAGUCUCGAUUGCAUGAUACAAGCGCAGCUAUCAAGUCUUGUGUUGUCUUCCAACGGGACGCACAGAAAACUUAUCGAGUACAGGUGAAACAUUAAUUAGAUGUGAAGGAAUUUUAUACGCUUAAUACUAGCGUAAAUUUUUAUAAAUUACUAGUCAUUGGUGUCUAAUGUAGAUUUGUAAUCUGACAAGGACAUAGUGUCCAUGGGACGUUCAUAAGGAAGCAUAUCAGUGGGAGGGUCUCUAGCUACAUCCUACAUUGCACACAAUACAUCUUGUAGUCAACAAACUGUCGCUUUAUCCACGUCAUGAGCUUACCCUGUACAUUAAUUAUGUAUCGUAAAAUGUUAGAAAACUGAAUUAUAUUUGUUUGUAGAUCUUA